AUGAAGCUGGAGUCGGCCCUGGCCAUAGUCCUAGUUCUGGCUGUGGCGUCCUGGACACAGGAGUUUUUCCCUAAGGAGGCCCACACUCUCAACUGGGGCAAGUUUUCAGGCUUCUGGUACAUUAUUGCCAUCGCCACAGACACCCAGGGGUUCUUGCCGGCUAGAGACAAGAGGAAGCUGGGAGCAGCUGUGGUGAAGGUGCACAGAACAGGCCGCCAGCUCAAGGUGGUCAUCGCCUUCAGCCGGCCUCGGGGAUGCUGGUCCAUGGAGGUGACCCUGAAGAAGGACAGAAAGAAACCUGUGUUCAGGAAUACCUUGAAGGGGAUAAAGGGUUUCCAUGUGCUGUCCACUGACUACACGUACGGCCUGGUAUACCUCCGCUUGGGGCGUGGGGCCAACAACUACAAGAGCCUGCUGCUCUUCAACAGACAGAACAUCUCUAGCUUCCUGAGUCUGCGAGAAUUCCUGGACAAGUGUGAUACUCUGCAGCUCACCAAGCAGGCCACCAUCCUUCCGAAAGACGAUUCCUGUGCACACACCAUCCUGCCGUGA